UUUAAACUUCUUCUGAAACUCUGUUGUUGUUGAAACUUAUAAAUAGAUUAUCAUUAAUUCAUUACCUACUUUUAUAGAAACAGUUGAAUCAUAUUCUACCGAUUUGAGGUAGUGGUGUUAAUUGUGUUGGUGGUGUAUAUUACGGUACAUUCCAGGGUAUAUUAUAUAUAGCACCCCAAAUCAUGCCAAUUAAAGUAAAAAUCAAAGAACAACGGCUGGGCACAAUCCUGAAGCUCAGAUGCGUGAUUAACUCCUCAGGUACAGCGUGGGAGGAAUUCACCAGUACAGAUUUCAAUGUUUGUGACCUGGCUAUUGUACGUUUACAUUUUAGAGACAAACUAAGACUACCUCUUGAAUGUAAAAUUCUUACACAAGCUAUAAGUGGCAAAGUCAAAGUGAAAGUGUCAUGUCAAGAUGUGGAUGAAGCAUUUUAUUCAGAAUGGAUAUGUAUGAAUGAAUGGAAGCAAAUUGGCAAAAAGCAUUAUUGUGAUGUAUCAUUAGAUGAUGUCUUGACCAACAUGCUUGAUAUAAAUAUAUCUGCUAGCCAGGUGGAAGAUUCCCCUCUUGCUAAGCUUUAUGGUGAUGCUGAUUUUGUUGACUUCAAUUUGUGUGCAGGUGGAGGCACUGUGCCUGUCCAUAGAGCACUUCUUGCUAUCCAGAGUGAUGUGUUCCGAGCAAUGCUCACCCGGGAGUGGACAGAGAAAACUGAGGGAAAUAUCCAGAUGGAAGGGGUCACAUUACAGACCCUUCAGCAUUUCAAGGACUAUAUGUACCUUCAGACUCUUCCCCAUGAGGGACUUAAGGCAUUAUUGUUGUUUGCAUCAUACUACUUAAUAGAUGAUCUUAAGGCGGAAUGCAUAUCUAACCUGGCUCUGAACUGUAAGUCUGGAGAAUGGAAUGGCCUUCUAGAGUUUGCUGUGAAGAACCAAAUAUUUGAGUUAGCUAGUUCUGUUAUGAUAGUGAAUCCAACAUUUAUUAUGAAAGAAGGUCACAAGGAGCAGGUUGAAAAACAAGAAAUAGAGGAGUAAUUGCUCUGUGUUAAUUAGUAUAUAAGUUUUUUUGUGUUCAAUAAGUCAAAAUAAAAUAUAAAUAAAUAAUCCAAAAUUGACAACUAA